AUGGCUCUAGCAAAGAGUCUCUCUCUCAGCGAUCUUUCCGAGAUUCGCAUUUCUUGUGCCAAACCAUUUUCGCGUAUGCAAGAUUCCGACACCGUCAAGGGAUCCCAAUUGAAGACUCUUCAAUCCGCGUGCGUGGCUGACUUCGAAGUCACACACGGAGUUAUGAGAUCUCUUGCCGAAAGAGCUGAAAACCGCAUCAAAGGCUUUGCCGAGAUUCCGAGAAUCAAUACGGUAACAGCCUCGAUGCGGCCAAGCUCGCAAGUCCCAAUUUUUGGUGGUUCACCAAACGAUACCUUCUCCGCAUUUUUGCGAUCCUUCAAUGAUCAUGCUAAUACAGCAAAACCUCCUUUGGGAGACCUCGAAAAGAGGAAUAUUUUCUUGACUUAUUUGACAGACGCAGCCAGAGACCGCGCAGAGGAUUUCCUGGAGCAAGAGAGCGAAGCCUCGUUCGCAACCUUGGUUAACCAUCUAAAGGUAAAAUACGAAGAUCCGGUAAGAGCAGAACUUUCGCGCCAGCAACUCCGAACAACGAACCAGCUUCCGGGCGAGUCUGUAGAUGAGUUUGCAGCUAAGCCUGACACGACCGCUGACGAUACAGUAAGAGAAUUACGCGCUCAAGUCGAAGCGUUGACCAUGCGCAACAACCAACUAACAAACAGCAUGACGCCCAGAGUUAACACGGUAAGAGUCUCGAAAUUACCUUUGUUCAUUGCUCUCCUCGCCUGUCUGGCAAGUCCCACCACCGCGUUUAAUGCUCUUUUAUGUCUACCGAACUCUCCCGAAUCGCUGAUCAACUUUCCAUCAUCGUUCGAUUGCAACUCAGUCAAACCCUCCCCAUUCACCCAGACAAAGAAAGUUUCUCUCAGCGUUUACCGACCAAAUUCCAUUGCGUAUGACUCUACCGCCACCCUCUGCAAAAUCAUUCAAACCACGUCCACUUUCUCCGUUAACCUUUUUGGAUCCCGCUACAUCGAAACAAAUUCCAAGCAGGCAACCGUUUCGGCAGAAGAAUGCAAACUAAUGAUGAAUCAUCAACGUUGCUCAUUCGGUGACCUUCAGCCAAGAGACGGAAUUUUUAAAACCAAUAACGCCCACAGAAUCGAAUGGCCAAACUUUCUAAUCGGCGCGCUAUCCCCAGCAAAAACUGUUGUAACAAAUAAUUGCCUCAUGCUCACAACCAGAAUUGUAAUGCGUUUUAAUCAAAAAUUUCCCGAGUCUCCCGCGGGAUCCAUGAGGGGUUGCGACUACACAACGGGCUUCUGCAACCAACGCCAGGGAGCGGCAUUCAUGUGGAAACCAAAUCCAGAACAGAGUUGCCGUUUCAUCAAACUGCGGACCAUGUCCGGUCACCAAUCAGAUAACAUUUGGUUGUCUGAAAACAAAGAAUUCGCACUAUCUUUUAACUCUUCAAAUCCAAUAAUCGAAGACUGUGGCAAAUCUCUCGUAGUCACAGAUCAAGGCUUCGCUGUCCCAACCAGACGAAUUGCCAAACGGGAAAUAGUCCCACCCUCUAUCACCAACCUAACAAACUUUGUCUCGUCAAACCAACUUUCGGCCCAGCUCUUGGCGGCAGAGAAGGAUAUUUUAGAAUCCUCCUCUCUUUGCAUUUCAACCUCCGACAUCGUGCCAUCUCAACCCACAAUUUUCCACAACCUAGUCAUCGGGUCUAUAACGGAAACAAUCUCCCCAGCCCACUAUAACGAAAUCUGGGACGCAUUAGAGGGUUCAGCCGACAAAUUAACAAAAAUCGUAAGCCGCAACGCUUUCUCAACCAGCGGCAGCACAAAAGCCAGCGAGAUUAGCGAAGUCAUCAGCGCCUACGAGCAAUGGCUUGACCUCGGUCACCGAUUGUUCCAGGCCUGGACCGCUAUAGUUUGCACAUUUGUCACCCUUUACGCAAUCUUCCUCGUCGUAGCCAUAUUCAUCAAGCAACAGGCCGAAGCGCUGCCAUUCAGCGUUUCCCACCGUUUUGGCAAAAAGACGGCUAAUCCACCCUCCGAAGUCAUCUUCGACUAUUCGGACCUACUGCCGGCAACAACUACAAUAGCUACCUUCCACUCUCCGCAAGCGUUUUUCACCGCGCAAAUUCCCAUUAAAGCGAACAACAUUAAUCUCCUAGCCCUGGUGGACACCGGCGCCAGUUUUACCAUAGCAGGCUCCGAGAUAUGCGCACUCAUCGGCAUCCACACGCUCAACAAACCGCUGACUAACAACGCUAUAGGCUUGGGAGGCAACGAAGUGAAAAUUGCGGGAACCGCGCCAAUCAGGUACAAAAUCGGAUCAUUCGAAAUUCAACACAUCACACACUUCACGAUCAAUAAAUGCACUCCACCGGGUCCGUUCUCCUACGACAUUAUAUUAGAACUUGGGCUUCUCAUCGCACCAUCAGUCAUAUCAACUAACCACAUUGCUCUCCUCGUUACUAACCCAUCGAAUCAAAUGGUCACUCUGUACCCAGAGAUGACCAUCGCCACCGCGGCGAUGGUAUUCUCCGAAGGCACACCUGGAAAAGUGCUGACCUGCCACUACUCUUCAGGGGCUCUUCCGACCACGAAUGAAACAUCGACGGAAUCAUUCGCCAAUUCUCUGGCGACGAUCAUACGGGAAGCCUGGACAAACGCGGCAGAUCACGCUCUAAAAGCUCAAGAAAAGUUCCAGUCGUCCUAUGACGCGUCAGCAAGGCCAAACCCGAUCCAAAUCGGCGACCGGGUAACAAUGAAAGAUUUUUCAGCCAAAGCAAACUUGUCAAGGAAACUAGUACUCCCGUGGAAAGGACAGUUCCGAGUGGUCGAAAUCAACCACCCCAAGGCCGUAGUUUGCGACAUAUCAAGACCGGACAAACCGAACCGCACCGUUCAUUUGAACCAGAUAAAGAAGGUAUACACCAUUACAGGACCGGCGGCGACAACCUCAUUGGAAGAAAACCCCGAAGCACCAGACAUAAGCGAUUCCACCGAUCAAGCUGACAACGUCGACACCGACGAAAAUUUAGCUAGGACGGAGUCCCCAAAACUAAUUGAUAACUCCGAAACACACGUUCCGGAGAACUCGGCGAACGCUGAAUCCCUAAACCGGAGAUACAACCUAAGGAAAUCAUUAAAACCACCAUCAAGACUCUCUUUCUAA